CCGCCGGGGACUUUUAAAAGUGGCGCCGGAGCCGGAGCCGGAGCCGAACCGGGCCGGGAGCAAGACCCGGAGCGGAGCGCGCCCAGCGCGGACCGGAGCCGCAGCCGGAGCCGCCCCGGGAGCCGGACCGGGACCAGGGCCGCCCCGAACCGGACCCAACCGGACCGAACCGGACCGAACCGGACCGAACCGGACCGAGGGCCAUGUCCACCCCCCACUUCAACCGCGGGCCGGCCUACGGGCUCUCGGCCGAGGUGAAGAACAAGCUGGCGCAGAAGUACGACCCGCAGCGGGAGCGGGAGCUGCGCGCCUGGAUCGAGGGAGCCACCGGCCGCCGCAUCGGCGACGCCUUCAUGGAGGGGCUCAAGGACGGCGUCAUCCUCUGCGAGCUCAUCAACAAGCUGGCGCCCGGCUCCGUGCGGAAGGUCAACGAACCCAUCCAGAACUGGCACAAGCUGGAGAACAUCGGGAACUUCAUCAAGGCCAUCACGCGCUACGGGGUGAAGCCCCACGACAUCUUCGAGGCCAACGACCUCUUUGAGAACACGAACCACACGCAGGUGCAGUCCACCCUCAUCGCCCUCGCCAGCCAGGCGAAGACGAAGGGCAACAACGUGGGGCUGGGGGUGAAGUACGCGGAGAAGCAGCAGCGGCGCUUCCGCCCCGAGAAGCUGCGCGAGGGCAGGAACAUCAUCGGCCUCCAGAUGGGCACCAACAAGUUUGCGAGCCAGCAGGGCAUGACGGCCUACGGCACCCGGCGGCACCUCUACGACCCCAAGCUGGGCACCGACCAGCCCCUCGACCAGGCCACCAUCAGCCUCCAGAUGGGCACCAACAAGGGCGCCAGCCAGGCGGGGAUGACGGCGCCGGGCACCAAGCGGCAGAUCUUCGAGCCGGCGCUGGGCAUGGAGCGCUGCGACCCGCUGACCAUCCCGCUGCAGAUGGGCAGCAACAAGGGGGCCUCGCAGCAGGGCAUGACGGUGUACGGGCUGCCGCGGCAGGUCUACGACCCCAAGUACUGCGACGCCGCCUUCGCCGAGCCCCCCGACGGGCCCCCCCCCGCCCUCAACUGCUACGAGCCCCUGUAGGGCCCCCCCCCACCC